UUUUUUGACAGCUCCACUGUUUGUUUCCCCCCUACACAGCUUCUUGUUUCCCACAAUGCUCUGCGACUGUCACCACCAAGAUGGCCGACGCUAUGGAGGAAUAUGAGAAAGAAGCUGGCUGCGUCCCUAUUCUCCAUCCUGAGGAAAUCAGACCCCAGAGCCACUACAACCACGGCUACAGCGAGAACGUCAGCCGGAAAAACCAUGUGGAUGACUACAGCACCUGGGACAUUGUCAAAGCCACACAGUACGGCAUCUUUGAGCGCUGCAGGGAGCUGGUGGAGGCGGGCUUUGACGUUCAGCAGCCAGACAAAGAGAACGUGACACUCCUCCACUGGGCCGCCAUCAACAACAGGAUAGACUUGGUCAAGUACUAUAUAUCAAAGGCGGCCAUAGUUGACCAGCUGGGAGGAGACCUGAACUCUACACCUUUGCACUGGGCCACAAGACAAGGCCAUCUAUCCAUGGUGGUGCAGCUCAUGAAGUAUGGUGCAGACCCGUCUUUGAUCGAUGGCGAAGGUUGCAGUUGUGUCCAUCUGGCUGCCCAGUUCGGCCACACUUCUAUUGUGGCAUACCUCAUCGCCAAAGGACAGGAUGUGGAUAUGAUGGAUCAGAACGGCAUGACUCCUCUCAUGUGGGCAGCUUACAGGACACACAGUGUUGACCCCACCCGGCUGCUGCUGACAUUUAACGUGUCGGUCAAUCUGGGCGACAAGUAUCACAAAAACACGGCGCUGCACUGGGCCGUGCUGGCUGGUAACACCACCGUCAUCAGCCUGCUGCUGGACGCCAACGCUAAUGUCGACGCCCAGAACAUCAAGGGAGAAACACCUCUGGACCUCGCCAAGCAAAGGAAGAAUGUUUGGAUGAUCAAUCACUUACAGGAAGCGCGGCAGGCCAAAGGUUAUGACAGCCCGUCCUACCUAAAAAGGCUGAAGAUGGACAAGGAGUUCAGACAGAAAGUGAUGCUGGGAACACCUUUCGUCGUCAUCUGGCUUGUGGGUUUCAUCGCCGACCUGGACGUCGACUCCUGGCUGAUCAAGGGCAUCAUGUACGCUGGUGUCUGGGUCGCAGUGCAGUUUCUCUCCAAGGCUUUCUUUGACCACUCCAUGCACAGUGCUCUGCCUCUGGGAAUCUACCUGGCGACCAAGUUUUGGAUGUACUCCACCUGGUUUUACUGGUUUUGGAAUGACCUCCCAUUUGCCACAGUCCAUAUACCCUUCCUGAUCAACACCCUGGCUCUGUUCUACAACUUUGGCAAAUCCUGGAAGUCUGAUCCAGGAAUCAUUAAGGCAUCAGAGGAGCAGAAGAAAAAGACAAUUGUGGAGUUAGCUGAGACAGGCAGCUUGGAUUUAAGCAUAUUCUGCAGCACCUGCUUGAUACGGAAGCCUAUCCGGUCCAAACACUGUGCCGUGUGCAACCGCUGCAUCGCUAAGUUUGACCACCACUGUCCCUGGGUGGGAAACUGUGUGGGAAGUGGAAAUCAUCGCUACUUCAUGGGCUAUCUCUUCUUUCUACUCUGUAUGAUCUGCUGGAUGAUGUAUGGCUGCAUCUUCUACUGGAGGAUUCACUGCGCCACCAGUUAUGCCAAGGACGGUUUCUGGCUGUACCUGACGCAGAUCGCCUCGUGCUCACCCUGGAUCUUCUGGAUGUUUAUCAACAGCGUCUUCCACUUCAUGUGGGUGGCCGUGCUCAUCAUGUGUCAGCUCUACCAGAUCGCAGCUCUUGGAAUCACCACAAACGAGCGGAUGAAUGCCCGCAGAUACAAGCACUUUAAAGUUACGGCCACAUCCAUCGAGAGCCCCUUCAACCAUGGCUGCAUCAGAAACUUAAUCGAUUUCUUUGAGAUCCGCUGCUGUGGCCUGAUCCGGCCCGUGACUGUGGACUGGACCACGCAGUACACAAUAGACUACGACCAGACAUCCGGCUCAGGCUACCAGUUGGUGUAGAGAAGGAAGUGGCGGAUGAAAAGAAAAUAGAGGGGGGGAGUGAAGAGCGGAAAACGAAGCGUUUGGAAGUAUUAAGCUUCCCACUUGGCGUUCAUAUCUUGCGCAAUACUGUUCUCUGGAGCAGUUUUCUUCAUUUAGGUUUUUUUCUUAUUUUUGUGGACCAUCUCUCCUUUGCCAAUUAAGACUACGGGGCGAAAAAAGAAUUGAACAGGACAAGCAUGCAUUUAUGGGACAUCAUCCUCCCUGCCCUUUUUCACUACUACUACUACCCCCCACCUCCUCUCCCGGGCCUUUUGGACAGUGUGUUGCUGCCAAACACAAGUGGAGGGGAGAGAGGCCAACAGAGAACAAUUCUAAAAUAAAAGUUUCUGUCUGUCGGGGAAACGUGAAGCUGUCGCCCACAGCAGCCUCGGCGAUGAGGCAGCAUUGUUCCCUUUCCCUCCCAUACUUCAUAUCCUGUUUUCGGUGUCCCUGUGGGUAUUUGAUGUUUCGGAUCGAAUCUGGAACUUUUCGCUUUCUGUGAUGCUAAAUUUCCGUUGCCAGGGAAGCUAAAGGAAGGAUUUCAGGAUAACGAGACAUGGAAUUUAGACUCUUAAGUGUGCUAGGAAAAAGGGAAUGUCUUUUAAAGAUCUCGAUAUUGCAACGUGCUGAUAUAUGAAUGGAGCCAAUGAUGACUUGCAGAACUUAUCAGAUGAAAGUGUUGAAUUUCAGGAGGGAGCUGUUGGAGGAAUCCCACUGCUAAAAUUAAGCUGCAUCCUUUGUAAUAAGCUGGAAAUGGUGCAGCAGAGAAGCAGAACUGGGACUCCCUCAUCAGUGACCAUGCUGAUCAUGACAGAUAUCCUCCGGACAAUGUGAUACAGGUCUAUUUAUUUUAAAACUAUUUAUAGAUAAAGUAACUAUGUUCUAGCACCAUCAUUUUUACAUUUCACAUUUUAACUUAGGUUUUUUUAAUAAGGAAGAGAGCAUUUUAAAGAGGUAGCUGAGUUGGAAGUGGACAACUAUGUAGAAAACUACAGACAGGUACAGUGAGUGUAUUUAUUAAUAGAAACAGAAGGAAGGGAAAGUUUACAGAAAAGCCUCAUUCCAGACGAUUCUUUUAAAGCUGUAAAGUCUUAUUUGUUUUGUCUUUUGUCUGCCUACAAUGUUGCACUGAUCGUGUUUUAUUUCCGUUAUAUGUAUAUGUAUAUAUAUAUAUAUAUAUUUUUUUUUUUUUUUUGGCCGUUACUGAACAGAAGGUCCAGCAGCUUCAUGCCAACACUUCCAUUGUUUGCAGAGAGGAAGGGCUCAUCCGACACGGGCCCCACUUCCCAGAAACCCCCUGCGUGUGGACCCUGUGCAGUCGCCAUGGCGGCAGGAUGGACUGAGAUGUAAAGAAUGUGCAUUUGUACAUAAACACACGGUUUCUCCUUUGUCAGUGUUAGUUGAAGGUGUUCCUGGGGAUUCCUUUUUGUUGACCUAAACAUAAAGGAGACAGUCAAGUUCCUAUAAUCCAUGUUGUAUGACUGUAGCUUUUAGUGAUGUCCGACGCUGCUGUCUAUAGGCAUUUGAGCCCCCCCCCUCCCGAAAUACCUGGAAUCUCUCCACUGCAUGUACGAUGCCUAGGACCACUGGGCUCUCGCCGCCUCUAUCGACCACGCCCUCAUCAUGGUCACCAUGGUGACAGCCCAGCAAAGCCACAUGUCUGUAUAUAGUGAAUGUUAUGUAUUUGCAAGUAUGUUUCUGCAUUAUGUUCAUCCAGUUUGGGUUUUUCAGUAGUUUUCUUCAGAUCCAGUGUGUUCAGUGAGGUUGCCAGACUCCCAGUUGGGCCAUCUGAGAACGGGUGUGUAAUAUAUUUGAAUGUUUCAUACUCAGAUUUUGGUUUUAUUUUUACGUCAUACAUUGCUGGGUUUUGUUAUACCACUGGAUGUACAAAUUGUAAAGCAAAAAUACAAAAACAUUUUUUUUCCUUUUCUAAAAGUGAAAAAUGUGUUCAUGCAAUAGUUUUAAGGAUAGAAAGAGGUUAUAUUAUACAAAAUGGCUUCAGAAACGUUAGAGCCUCAUGUUUGCAUCACUAGAAGACGGUUCUGUCAUGUCAAAGCACCACCGUACUAACCACUGAUGUCACCACUACCCUACAAAACGCCUCACAUGUGACUCGUCUUAUAAAUGCCUUUAAGUGGGCACCAAUGAAUGCUGGCUGUUUUGUUUGCAAGGCAGAAUUCACCACUUCAGGCUCAUCGUGAUUUCAAACCCAUCUCAUGUCACCAUUUCUUCCAGCAGCUGCAAACAUCUACUCUGCCCCCCUUCACCUCACCAUGCGGGAUAAUUGAAGAAAAAAUAAAGCACAUAAUCAUCUCCAGUGCCUCUCUGCCCACCUUCAGAUACCACUGUAACUCCGCUUCUGAUGUAAACAUAUGGGCAUGGUUCCGUUUUAAUGGCUUUAAUAAUAAAAUACAGUCAAACGUGAA